UGAUUUGGCUGUCCGUUCGCGCCAUGUUGCCUCAAUUGCAGAAUUCCAAAGAGAAACUGAGUAUUUCUCAUUAAUACGAAGCCGAAACAUAUAGUUUCACCGUUUAUUACCACACACCAAGCGACCUAAGAGGGUUACUUUCAUUAAAACCUUUUUCAAGUCUGCCACAACAAAUCUAAACGACCAUGGCUGAUAUCGAGGAUACCCAUUUCGAGACUGGAGACUCCGGUGCUUCUGCCACUUACCCCAUGCAAUGUUCUGCCCUACGUAAAAACGGAUUCGUCAUGCUGAAAGGAAGGCCAUGUAAAAUUGUAGAAAUGUCCACUUCUAAAACUGGAAAGCACGGACAUGCCAAAGUUCAUUUGGUUGGAAUUGAUAUUUUUUCAGGCAAGAAGUAUGAAGAUAUUUGCCCCUCUACACACAACAUGGACGUGCCACAUGUCAAGCGUGAAGACUACCAGUUGACCGACAUAUCCGAUGACGGUUACCUGUCCCUCAUGUCUGACAAUGGUGAUCUACGCGAAGACCUUAAGGUACCCGAUGGUGAUGUUGGGGCCUCCCUACGUACCGAAUACGAUGCCGGAAAAGAUAUAUUAUGUACCGUUUUGAAAUCCUGUGGCGAAGAAGUAGUUAUUGCAGUUAAGACAAAUACCGCUCUGGACAAAUAAUGUCGUGCUAAACGGGGGAGGAUUAGUUACAGCAAGAAUAACGUGAACGUAUUAUCUACCAAGUCCAGAGGUCCUCUCUCCUUUUCAAUAAGCUACUCUUUAUAUUUGUAUUGGACCAGUUGUAACAGCUUAAACUGUAAACUUCUAACACCGUAUAGGCUAAAAGAGUAAAAAAAAACGUCGAUACGAUGUUGAAUUCUACAAACAAAACAAAAAAAUCCUGUACUUUUAUUUGUUGGCAAAUUUUUUUGCGACAACUAUAAUGUUCAAUAAAUAUAAUUUAAUUUUAACUCUAUGUAAAUUUUUUUAAAAAACAUUUUUUUUACCGUCUAUGGAAACACCACAUUCUGCGAGCCCGUAGUAACUUUAUUUCCGCAUAAUAUAUUUUUUUCCGUGUUUCUUUGGAUGAUUUGAACAAUGUCGCAGAAUAGGGUGAUUCUAUUCUAACUUGUUGACAUAAUUUAAAUAAAAUAUAGCAUUUUUAAA